AUGCUCUGCAGAUACUGUGACCGGAUCUUCCACUGCCCCACCUGGAGCGGCCCCCAUCAUCCCGAUGCUGCCUCCUUGGCCGCGGCAGCCAGCAGCGGCUGCUAUAUCUGCCAGCCUAUGCUGCACGAUCAAUACCAGCAUUGCGACUCCCUUGACGGGAGCUGGGGCUAUCGCAUCUAUGUCAGCCAGGGCUACACCCAGGUGAUCCUAGACCACCAGAGGGACGACCCGCAGCCUCAAGAAGGCACCUCAUACUGCUACACUCUGAUAGCCAUCCCAAGCGCCACCAUCCCAUUCAAUCCCGUCCCCCGUCUUAGGGAUCCUGCCGCUCGGAUGCGCGAUGCUAGCACUGCGGUGGAGAACUGGAUGAAGCGCUGCCAGAAUGAGCACGCUUGUGCUCGGAUCUCCCAACCAGAGCACUACCCAUCGCAGCUCUUGGAGACAUCGGGUGGUGAUAAUGUCCGCUUGAUCACUUCAGUCGAGACCGUACUCAAGAGACCGUACGCGGUGCUGAGCUUUGAUUCCUCCACGACAGAGGAAGGGGAAUGGUUCUCUACUGUGGAAGCUUUGCGCCCUACUGACGUGCGCAUUCCUGAUCUUCCAGCAGCGAUCGGCGAAGUCAUCACUCUCCUGCUUUCAAUUGGGACCAACUACGUGUGGAUCGAGCAAUUGUGCCGUCGACCAGUGGAUCAGCUUGAUCAGAGCAACGUUGAGCACGAGAGGCUUAGUCUCUACUCCAACGCUGCCCUCACCGUUGCGGUGUCCACAUUCGAAGAUCCCGCGCAAAGAGUCUUCAGUAAUUUCCCAGCAACCUCGCACGUCCAGCCCCUCCCCUUCCAGGUCACCAAUGUGACUGGAGUUAUGAACGAGGGUUUCAUGAGCAACAAUAAGGAUGAUGGUGAUCACUCCCCAAGCUCAGACCUCACCUUCAUCCCCUGGACAUACCUCUCGCAAACCCUGCACCACCAGCACAACUCCUCCAUAUCAAUCCAAGCCCGCCUCGCCACUCCCCGCCUGCUGACAAUUUCCUCCUCCGCUGCAGAAGUCUUCUGGGAGUGCACCUGCCUCACCUUCGCCAGUGAGACUUUUCCCAGUGGUUUUCUCCCUUAUCUCCCGCCUUCCCUUUUGACGGGAGCGGACCGCUUCCCCCAUCGUGACACCGCUAUCCCUACUGAUGCAGACUGGUCCACCCUGCUGAGCUUCUGGUAUAGGGUUGUGGAAGAGCACACUGCUACCUUUGCUGAUGCAGGAGGAAGGAUGGACUCGGAGAAGAAGUUGGCGGGUUUGGAAUGGGUGGCCGGUGAAGUGGGGAAGCGGAUGAAAGCUAUACGGAUCUCUGAAGUCGAGAAUGAGGGGGAUAUUGCAAAACGGGAGGAAGCAGCAGAGUAUCUGGUGGGACAUUUCUGGGGAUCGAUGCCUUUGUCGCUCGGCUGGAGGGUUGGUGGUGCAGGUGUUAGUGAAAGUGCUUGUGGAAAGAAAGACGGUCGCAUGCCCAGUUGGAGUUGGGCGUCUGUUCAAGGAAGAAGGGUGUUUUCCCCGCAGGAAUUGGGGGUAAGGGAUGAGCAGCGGUGUCUGGCUGAAAAGGUGGGAUAUCAUCGAGACUCACCAGAGGGAGAGAUCAUCAGGCUCAGUUUGAGGACAUUUGUGCUUGACGCGCAGUUGGUCUGUGGUGGAGGACACAGGGUAAAGGUGACGGGGUUGGAGGGUGAGAGGUAUUGGGUUCAGGUAGAAUGGGAUGGUAAGGAUGAAGAAGAACCAUCAACUUUGCGGUUGGCAGUGCUGGUAGAGGAUGAGUGGCUGAGACAGUGGAGUGGACUCGUGCUGAGGGGGGUUCCUGGUGAUGCUGCGAGUUUUCGGAGGGUCGGAUACUUCACGCUGAACACGGUGCAGGGAGAUGAUUGCAGCGAGGGGAGGUGGAAGGCUGAUUUUCAGAGAGCAGCCGGCGAUCGCAAGGAAGUUGUGACUCUGGUUUGA